AUGGCGGACGAGGCUGCCGGAGCCAUCACCGACAUUAACAAUGACGGCAGCUGGCUGGGAUUCUCUCUGACGUCUCCCGACAUCAAAACGGAGGAGCCCAGCAGCAACGUUUGUACUCCAAACUAUUUCUACCUUACCUCGACAGCCCCACCCGUCAACGGCGUCUCUGCAAAUUCUCCGUUUCAGACUCCUCUGCCCAUAAUGCCCCUCGCUUCACACCGGGAAAAUUUCUCCGGCGGUGGAUCGUCGGCGGCGGCGGUCCACCACCAUUACCCAAUCCACCAGCUGGACGCCAUGGUUUUAAGCCUCGACAGCGCUUUCUACAGCCAGCAAAACCAACCUUAUUAUUAUUACAAUUCUGGGCCGAACAACAACGCUAAUUUGCAUUGUCUGAGCCUGUCGAUGAGUCCCGGGUCCCAGUCGAGCUGCGUGACCGCUUCCCGGCCGGCCGAUCCUCAUUCUGUGCCCGUCCUCGAGACUAGAAAGAGGGGCCAUGAGAAAAUGGGGCACGCGAAGCAAGCUGUUGUUCAUAGGAAAUCCAUCGACACGUUCGGGCAGAGGACCUCUCAGUACAGAGGGGUCACUAGGCAUCGGUGGACCGGAAGGUAUGAAGCUCAUUUAUGGGACAACAGCUGCAAGAAGGAGGGUCAGACUAGAAAAGGAAGACAAGGUGGGUAUGAUAUGGAAGAAAAGGCCGCGCGAGCAUACGAUCUUGCUGCGCUCAAGUAUUGGGGCCCUUCGACCCAUAUCAACUUCGAGUUGGAGAACUACCAUCAAGAACUCGAAGAAAUGAAAAACAUGAACCGGCAAGAAUAUGUCGCCCAUUUGAGAAGGAAAAGUAGUGGAUUCUCCAGAGGAGCUUCAAUAUACAGAGGCGUCACACGGCAUCAUCAACAUGGGAGAUGGCAGGCUAGGAUCGGUCGUGUCGCGGGCAAUAAAGAUCUUUACCUAGGAACUUUCGGCACACAAGAGGAGGCAGCCGAAGCUUACGACGUAGCUGCAAUCAAGUUCCGAGGGCCAAAUGCAGUCACCAACUUUGACAUCUCGAGAUACGAUGUCGACAAGAUCAUGGCCAGUAAUACUCUGCCAGCUGGUGAUGUUUCCAGACGAACUAGUAGUAAUAACGAUGAUCAUAUUAUUACUGAGAAGCCUAAUGUAAGUGGCGAGUGGAAAAUGGUCCCGAGUUAUAAUGUGGAUGGAAAGGUUGAAAAUGUAAAUUAUGGUCAAAGUAAUACCACGUUCUCGGGAGCCCUGCACGACCUGAUCAGUAUGAAUCCAUGCGGAAAGUUUGCGGAUGAGUCGGGAGCUAAUGCUAAUCUGUCGUCUAUAGUGACGAGCAUUGGCAGCACUAGAGAAUUAGGCAGCCUAGAAAAGGUUGGUGGGGGGCCUCGUAUAUUGUUAACCAAGCCGAGCGGUGGUGCGAUUGGCUCGUGGAUUAAUCCAAUUUCCCCACUCACCACAGCUCACUUGCCCGUUUUUACUGCAUGGAACGAGUGA